AUGUCCCUCCUGGCUACUCUGGCGAACUUCGGUUCUUCUUCGUCGGCCGUUGAGGCCACCCCGUCGACCGGUGCCUGGUACGAGGCGUUCUUCCCCGUUGCGCACAACGAGGAGGAGGACAGCGAAGACGAGGAGGAAGAGGAGGAAGAAGAGGAAGAAGAGGAUGAUGAGGAGGACGACGAGCCUGAGGACGUCUACCCAGAGAUCUACGAGAAGUGCCAGAACUCUCCCGCCUGCGAGUCGGCCCGGCAUCACUUUGAGGAGUGCCAGGAGCGCGUUACUGGCGGCAAGGGCUUCGAGGGUGAGGACUGCGUUGAGGAGUUGAAGCUGUUUGCCCAGCUUGCCUAA